AAGGAAAUAUGGCUGGUUUUUAUCAUCGUGAGGCAGGUACAGACUGUGUGGGUUCGGGGGGGUUCAAGGAAAUGCGGUUUGCCUCUUCAUUCAUGAAUUUUGGUUCUUUAGUUUAGCAUCAACAAAGCCAGCUGAGAGGAGAACAACAGGAGAAAGACCGGAAAAAUGAUGACGAGGCCAAAAAAGCGUCUGAUCAAAAACACAAAAGGCACAGCACGCAUCACGGAGUUUGCAGAAGUGGGGGACCCGAUCUGGAAGGAGUUGCCCCACAUAAAGGAGGAGCCCAUCGACCUCGUGGAGAUCAAAGAGGAGAAGUGCGAUUCCCUACUGGUCUAUGUGAAGGGAGAGAGGGAUGGGAGGCUGGAGAACGUCAGCGCGGGCGUUUUCCCAGAGCGCAGGCUGUGCCGUGGUGUGGAGGAGGACUCGGGUCUCGGCGCUCCGUCCCCACACAGCGGCGGCAACACUAACGGAAUCUGCGACGGAACGAACUCGAGUCCGAAUGACUGCAGAGCCAGGGCACGAGCCGCCGCGACGGGCGUGGCCGCCAAAACGAAAAAGGCGGCGGCCGGCGUGAAAAAGCGGGCGCGGCGCGCGCUGAGGAAAGCGAGGAGGAGCGAGGCGGUCGAGAGGGAGAGGAGGCGGUGGAGCACGGGCAGGUACCCCUGCCAGAACUGCGACGCUGUCUUCCCCAGCGUGGCGGGCCUGCGCGACCACCAGCAGGAGGCGCACAGCGACCUGCGGCCCUACGUCUGCGAGGUGUGCGGCAAGUGCUUCCGCUACUCCUGCGUGCUGACCAACCACGCGCGCACGCACUCCGGCGAGCGGCCCUUCGCCUGCGAGCUCUGCCCCAAGCGCUUCACCCAGAUGGCCAGCUUCCGCGCCCACCAGCGCAUCCACAACGGCGACAAGCCCUUCACCUGCCAGGAGUGCGGCCGCAGGUUCGCCCGCAGCUGCGACAUGAACCGGCACGCCAACACCCACACCGAGGAGAGGCUGUACAGCUGCACCGACUGCGGGAAGAGUUUUCGGCGUGCGGUCCACCUGAGGUCCCACGCGCUGAUCCACUCUGGCGAGCUUCCCUUCCCCUGCCCGGACUGCGGCAGGAGGUUCCGCCACUCCACCAACCUGGCAACCCACCGGCGCAUCCACUCCGGGGAGCAGCCGUACCGCUGCACCGAGUGCGGCAAGGGCUUCCGGCAGAGCGGCCACCUCAAGCUGCACCAGCGCACGCACACGGGCGAGCGGCCCUACCCCUGCCCGGACUGCGGCAAGACCUUCGCCCGCCUGGUCUACCUGCACGACCACCGGCGCACGCACACCCGCGAGAAGCCCUACUACUGCGAGGAGUGCGGCCGCUGCUUCAGCCGGCCGGGCAACCUGCUCACCCACCGGCUGGUGCACUCGGGCGAGAAGCGCUUCCAGUGCGCCGAGUGCGGCAAGGGCUUCCGCCACUCCGGCGGGCUGAAGACCCACGAGCGCGUGCACACGGCGGAGCGGCCCUACGGCUGCAAGGACUGCGGCAAGACCUUCCGCGGCCUGGGUGGCCUGCGCGUGCACGAGCGCAGCCACACGGGCUCGCGGCCCUACGUCUGCGCCCUCUGCGGCAAGGGCUUCCGCGAGGGCAAGGUGCUGAAGAACCACAUGCUGCUGCACACGGGGGAGAGGCCCUACCGCUGCGACAGCUGUGGCAAGCGCUUCAGCCAGCUGGGCGCCUACCGCAUCCACCUGCGCCGGCACACGGGCGAGAAGCCCUACUCCUGCGCCCAGUGCCCCAAGACCUUCCGGCACAGCAACAGCCUGAAGGCGCACGUCAAGAUCCACACGGGCGAGGCCCCCUUCCCCUGCCCCAAGUGCGGCCGCCUCUACAAGCACCUGAGGAGCCUGCAGCUGCACAGCAGGACACACGGCGACAGUGACUGACGGACGCAGAGGAGACGGACUGCCAAAGGCGAAACCAAAGAGUCUUACGCUAAAGCAAAACGGCGGAGUCGAAAGUGCAAAACCAUGACGCGAUAUGCUGCUAACGAGACACUCUUCAGGCAGAAGACAGCGAGAGAUGAAAGUAUUGACACCACAGUCCUUGGGCGUGUUUGUAACUUACUUUGUGUGAGAAAUUAAUUCGCUUUCUAAAGAAGACGAUAAGGACAAAUAAAAAGAAUUGAGUGAAAA